GUUUAGUGUAGCAGUUUCGUGCUCUGCGAUCUAGUAAACCAGUUCCACGGGAUUCGGAGGAUUCUUUCUCAACAGUCAUAUUCCUGGAACCGGUCCUGGGACGAGAACUUUAACUUGAAUUUGGUUUAUUUAAUUUUUAUUUUUUCGUUAUGCAUAUUAUUUAUAUUCAUUUUACAAUCUCAUUUUCAGUUCAUUAUUGUUUGUUAUGGGAAUGAAUUAGAAUCGUUCUUCUGUCUGCCCGCUACUCUUGGAGAACCCAUGCAGUUGGAUUGAUACCUCCUUGCUUGGCGAUUUCAGGACAAACCGCGGAUUAUUGUGCGUAUGUGUUCUCCGGAAAGGACAUCAGCAGCGGUGUGAGUCGCCGCGCUCUACGGAAUGUACCCCCUUCCUAUCGGACCGCUAAGGGGAAUUAACGCUGUCUUGUCUGAAUGAAACACUAAUUUUUUUCCUUCUUGCAUUCGCAAGGAGACCUGGGGCUAUCCUGGUGCGUAGGAGCACUGCGCGCUCGGCAAUAGCGACGGCUUGUUUGCCGUGGUGGGACUGAGAUCCGAACAAGUCUCUCUGUGGGGAUUUGAUGUAUUUUUCUGCAUCUGGAAGAGGAUUACAGAGUUUGGUUGUGUGUCAGUUUGUCACAGUCAUUCUCUUUGGUGAUUUUAUUUUUUUCCCAUUAUUACCGUAAUCUCCGAUUGCGACUAGACGUGGUAUAUACAACAAUGGGGGACUCGAUGUGGAGAUACUAUUUUGGAGUUUUGUUCAUUGCGUGCAAGGUGAACCUGUCCCGGACGCUCAUUUUAGAAUCUAUCUAUUGGAACACAACAAAUACCAAAUUUGUACCCGGAUAUGGACUGGUGUUGUACCCUCAAAUCGGGGACAAGAUGGACAUUGUGUGCCCGCGGGUGGACGGGGGGGUGGGGGAGGGGGUGGAGUAUUACAAGCUGUACAUGGUGCAGCGGGCGCAGCUGGAGAGCUGCACCAUCACCAAAGCGGACACGCCCCUGCUCAACUGCGUCAAGCCCGACCAGGACGUCAAGUUCACCCUCAAGUUCCAGGAGUUCAGCCCGAACCUAUGGGGUCUGGAGUUCUUCAGAGGGCGGGACUAUUACAUCAUCUCUACGUCUAACAGCACCGUGGAAGGCCUGGAUAACCAGGAGGGAGGAGUGUGCAAGACCAAAUCCAUGAAGAUCGUCAUGAAAGUGGGUCAGAGUGCUACUGAUCCAAUUUCACCCAAAGAGUACCCCACCAGGUACCCCCCCAAGUACCCAGGGGGAGGGGAGAAGGAUCCAAUCAGUAAUGGAAAUGAGGUGGAUACGCACGACGCGCGUCAGAGGGGCGACACGAGCGGCAACGGCGGGAAGCCGUCCAGCAUGAUCGGCUCGGAGGUGGCGCUGUUCGCCGGCAUCGCGUCGGGCAGCGUCAUCUUCAUCAUCAUCAUCAUCAUGCUGGUGCUGCUGCUUCUGAAGUACAGGAGACGGCACCGCAAGCACUCCCCGCAGCACUCCACCACGCUGUCGCUCAGCACGCUGGCCACGCCCAAGCGCGGCAGCGCCGGCGGCAACAACAACGGCUCGGAGCCCAGCGACAUCAUCAUCCCGCUCAGGACUGCAGACAGCGUCUUCUGCCCGCACUACGAGAAGGUGAGCGGGGACUACGGGCACCCCGUCUACAUCGUGCAGGAGAUGCCCCCCCAGAGCCCCGCCAACAUCUACUACAAGGUCUGAACUGGCACACAGCCGGGGCUGCUGGCCGCCGACCACCUUGUUUCACUAUUAUUAUUGUUAUUAUUCCUAUGAUUGUUAUUAAUAUUAUUAUAAUGGUUAGUGUGAUGACUGUAAAUCCGGUGGUCUGCGAGAGCUCCUGGAGGGCCGCUGUGUGGGUGUGGGGGUGCUCCCCCGCGCCUGCUUGUUUGGGCGUCACGGCCAGCGCCCGGGAUACAACAGGGUGCUCGUGGGGAGGGCAGAGGAAAAAGAGGCCCCUGUCGCCUCUCUCUUGAACUCCCCCCUCCCCCCAAAAAAAGGAAAGUGACUCUACUACACCUCUAUGCCUGGAAAAGGAUGGCAAAGAGAGAGAGAAAGAAAGAAAGACUCGGAGAGGAAGAAACGAAAUGAGCGGAUUGGCUAGCCACAAACUCAUUUUAGUUUUUUUUUUCGUGAGACAUUCUGGGAAUCUAAGAUGGGAAGGAUAAAAACGGAGAGUGACGUCUGGACGUUUACGCCAUGCUCUCCACACUUCCUGUCUCACGGAAAGCACUCUCGCCCAUAAACACUUUUGCUCAUUCUUAAUCACUUCACUGCUUCAGGACCUUCUUUUCUUCCCAUCCCCACUGUCCUCCAUUGAUUUUUAGUGUUGAUUUGUUUUCCUCACCGUUGUUACUUGAAGGUUUAAAGUUUUUUUGUUUUUUUAAUGAAAUGUUUUCAUAAAUGUACUUCCCAUUUCAAUUGCCGCAUCCAGAUUCUUUUUAGACCUCUAAAUUAUCAUGGAUUUGUCCCACUCGUAUACACGUGCUAUUCACACAUUGUGUAGACACGCAGAGAUGACCUGUGUCACGAUGACACGGUGUCCAUGGCUUGCAAACGCAGAGGGGUGGGCGAAGAAGCCUGAGGGGCGUUAACUGAUUGGACCAGAUGAGGAACAGACCUGUCCUCUAAGUACAGGAAGCACUGGGAGCAGGGGGCGGGACGACAAGAUGGUGAGACCUGCGUUUUAUUGGAUGCUGCCGUAAAGCAACCAAUCCAAGCUUACGAAGUGUUUUGAGUUAGGCUUCGGAAUACUGUAUAGAUGACCUCAUUGUUUUCCCCCUGUGGUUGGAGAACUCAAUUACAAGUGAAGGGGAAUGGCAUCUGUAGGAGUUGUUGGUACAGGCAGUAACCUUAAUUAAAACCUUGCCUUACUGCAGUUCGCUCACAGAGGAAUGGAGCCCUACUCUAGCUGAGCAUAGCCCAGGGUACUGAGCAGUCUGUGUGUCUGUGAGCAAAGAGGGAGGUGCUCGACACAAAGCACAGGAAAGCCAGUCACAAACUCGCUCUCAUUAACAUUGUUUUUAUGUUCACCAUUCUUUGCAGAUUGAUGUACCCUUUUAAAGGAGAGAUUUGAACAGACAAGGAAUAAAAAGAUAAAAUUAAAAUAAAAAGAUGACUAUUUAUGAUACAUAGCACCUGUGACGUUUUUUUGAGGUUGAGUGUGUAUGAAAGUAAAUAAUUUAUGGAAAAUGCACAUUUAUGCAAGCUAGGUUUUUAUGAUUAACAUUAGUUUUCAUUCACAAUUUAAUAGCCCUCCAUUAUGUCUAAGCUGAAUUUUUAAACACAGAGCUGGAGAAGGGGGAGGGGGGGUGUCAGAAACAUGUCCUUUAUCCAGAAUAGGUAAAGUCGAUGUAAAAGUCUCUUGGCAGAACAGAACUCUGAGCUCUACAGAGGGUCAGAAAGGAGCAAAGCAUCACACAGACCACUGAUCCCACUCUUUCCCAGGGGAUUAUUGGAAAAAAAAUUCCCACAAUUCCCUGUGGGGCUUUCCUUAGUAGUUUUCUAUGCUUGUGUGCCUGUUUAUGUGUAUGAGUGAGUGUGUGUGUGUGUGUGCAUGUGUGUGCCUGUUGUGUGUGUGUGUGUGUGUGUGUGUGUGUGUAUACUUACCACCUCAUGUCAAACAAAACACAGCUAUUUUUGUAUCUGUCAUGCAAACUUCAUUUUAUUCCUCACACCUGUAUGACUGUCUGUAUUAAAAAACAAGCAACAAAGAAGAAACUGAAUGGAUGAGUGUGGAAAAUUUCACCGUGGCUUACCGUCCACAUUCAGAGACGCGCAUAUUCUCUCAUUCCUUCAUUGAGAACAUGACUUACCACAUAACAAAGCCUUUUGUGACCUGAAAUUGCGCCUCUGUUGCGGCUGCAAAACCUGCAAAUAUGCAAUUUUUAUCCGUGUUUUGGUUUUUAGCAAUUAAAAAAGAUAUAAAAAGUGUUCUUAUGGUAAUGAUGGAAAAUCUCAUUAUGUGAACCUACUGUUCAUUGUUUUGCUUUCAAUUGGUAUUAUUUUCCUAAAUUGGUCCCUUCAGUAUCUUGUUUGACUGUGUGCUGUAGUUAAGAGGUAAACUGUGAAAAAAAAAACAAAUGUUUGAAACAAAAUGCAUCUGGUUGAUUACUAAAGGAAAAAACGGAAACAGAAAAACGAAAAAACGAAAAAAAAAAAACUGCUGUUGGGUUCCUGUCCAACUGGGGCAGAAUAUGACAAUCUUAUUAGUUUCUUUAAAUCUGAAGACCUUACCCAGCAAGCACAUACCAUUCUAGUGAUGCUGCUGUGACGUUUUAUCAGCAUGAUGGAAUUCGCUGCAAUAUUACGAUGAUGUUGAUAGUUAGCUGGGCAUUGCGUCUUCAGGCUGUUUGUAAAAUGCCUUGCUCUUAUGGUCAACCCUGGUCACUUGACUCUGAAAUUUGCACCGUACAUCUGUAGUUAAAAUAUUGUAUAUACGUUAACGUUUGUAUUGUAUAUUGAACCUGGGUUGUUACGAUAGCCUUAUUCACCUUUUAAAAAAUCAAUGUGGAAAAAAAGAGAAAAACAAGAGACACAACAUGAAAACUAUGUACUUUUUUUGGUUACCAGCUUGUGUAAAUACAGAAAACGAAACCUGACAAUUUUUUUUAUAAACUCCUAAGUAAGAUGUUUUGUAUAAAAUUUGAAUCUUUUGCUAUGUAUUUUAGCUAGAGCUCAUCAGAAAGCCUGUACCCUUCCAUCCCCCCUUUUGCACUGUUUCAUGGAAAUUUGGUUUAAAAAAGAAAAAAAAAACUUGCCAAACCGACUGCUGCAUAUUUGUGCCAUAGGUGUGUACCAUAAAUAUUUAUUUAAUUUGUUUUUAUUUUUUAUUUUAUUUGUUUAAGUUUUUUGCCCAGUUUGUAAGUAACAGUAUUAUGAUUGAGUUGUACAAACCUCCCAGGUUUCUUUAGUCUGUUAUGGGUUCUAGGUGGAUUUUAGUCCUGCCCACCAAGGCUGUGAAUAAUGACACACAUUCCACCUGUCUGUUACAAGCGGAAAUGGUUUUUCAAUAAAAUGUUUUUCCUAUGGAAA